GAACCGGCUUUGUUUACGAACGGGACCAAUCCAAUUGCUCGUCAUCGCACGCAACGAUUCUAUUGUGUUCUGUUGUUGGUUCUGUGCGUAGAAAUACCAUUGAUAGUUGAUAAACAGGUGUGAACAACAAACGAAACAGACUCAAGUGCGUUGUCCGACCAAGUGCCGUCCGCUUUUCCUCAGCACAGCCUCAGCACGGUCCGUAGCCAAAGUUGUGCAAGGCUCUGUCACAGCAAGGAAACCACAAACGCUGAUGCAAUUCAUAGCGUUCGUUCUGGAAGAAUCCGGUUCGCGUGGUUUGUGGGCAUUGUGGGAAAGUUUUGCGCUAUCAGUGUUUGGUGCGUAAGAUUAGCGUUCUACGACAAUAGGACGGGUUAGGGGCUGAAAAUCGCAACGUUUUCCCGAUACGCUACAAGCCAGGCAGGCGCCAGUACUAGACAUGUGCGUAUAAACGCGCUUGCCGUAGUGAUGUGCUGUAUGCGGCGUAAAGUUGUGUGAGAGAUGGGUCGUAUGAUAAUUACGAUUUCACCAUACGACGGCUCCCCCUGUUCGGUGGACGGGACACUGCACGGUUGUAUUUUCUUUUAAUCUUUGUUGCCAAAUAAAAGACAACCGUCCGAUAGUGCCGAUCUGAUCUGCGGGAUAUAUGAACAUUCGUCCGCGAGCCAUAGCCCGCCAGAGACUCGCGCAACAUUUUCGCCCUCGGCAUCGCAAUUACGUACUCGUCGGUCUCGCGUACUACACAGCUGAAUUACUCACGCAAACGACAGAAAGAUCAAACGCGUAGGGCCCCAUCGCCCGUGUUGUGAGUGUGUGUUGAACAGUGGUGCAGCGAAAAGUUUCAACCGACGACUCUGGUGUGUAUAUUUUCCUUUCUUUCGAAUGGCUGCUGUUUGUGCGAAUCAUACAUCGCCAAAUCGCAUCGCAGUAACCACGGCAGUCUGAACGGUCCAACACACCUGGAAGGAAGUGGAUGUGUGUCGUCGGCGUCGUCGUCGCCAAGUAGUGGUCAUUUUCCUGUGUGGUUUCGGAUGUUUUGUGCGAAAGUGCUGCUAAGGUAUGGUGCAAGGUGCAUAAUUAAACUCGCCUGAUAAAGAGAGCAACCGUAAAACGCCGUCCGACAGACUGUGUACGGGUGUGUGGCAUCGCGAAGUUGGUGGUGUGAAUCAUACACAUCAGCCACACGUACACGGUUGUGUGUAUGUUCCGGUGGGCUACGACAUACGCGGAACAAAAGUGUGUUGCCUGCUCGUAAAGAGCGAAUUCAUUAACCGGUUCGCUUGCUGAUGUAAAGCGACGAACCUCGCUGGUUGGCCUGGUGGCAAAAGGCAGAUGAGAUUCGGUGCGUUAUACCGUGGUGUGCGUGGUGCGUGUGGUGCUUCUUCGUUGUGCGUAGCGAAAGCCGUUUUCGGCCGUGAGUUGUUGACACACAAAUUAGGCAAAAACUAUCAUCUGGAGAUCACGAACCUACAAAGAUAAAAAGCCCAUUAGACAAACACACACACAAACACACGGACAAGGCAGGCAAGCAAGAGGCCGACUCAUCUUGGCCAAGUAAAAAAUACAGCGAAGGUGCCUUUGAUUGUUUCGCGGUGUUCGAUGUAUGUGGUAGCAAGACGCGUCUUGCCAACAUCACCACCAUUAUUGCUGACCGGCAAUAGCAAUAUUAGCCGCUAUGCUCUCGACGAAGAAGCUGUUUACCGAGCACUUGCUGACGCUCGUGCUCACGCUCAGCCUGCUGCGAAUCGACCCGGAAAACUACCUCGAUCUGCAAUGGGGCGGCCGGAUGGCGCGCGUAGGAGACGCGGGUGGCUGGCAGCUGGAGCUGUUGGCCGCCGGUCCGGACUAUUCCAACCAGUCGUACGUGAACCGUAAGUUUUUGCCGCCCAUCAUCGAGAAUCUGUCACGGUUCGAGCAGCCCUUCAUCGAGCAGAACCAUCGCGGGCUGCAGACGUACCUGCUGAACGUACUCGAUGCCAACGAUGAUGGCACGUCUGCCGGCACGAUCGCCGAAGAGCGGCCAUCCUCGCCCGUGCCUUCGGUCGCUUCCGGUGGUGGUGGUGUUGGUGGGGCUGGCGGUAGCGUGCUGCCGGUGGCCGCACACAACGCUACCAUGAACGCGCUGGCCAACUUCGAUGUGGACGCGGAGGAUAUAUUUCUCAGCACGAAUCUGUUCGAGGAAACGACCUCGGUAUUUGAGCAGAAUAUGGCCGAUCUGAGCGAGUACGAUACGAUCCUGCUCGAGAAUCCGAUGGUGAAGUUUGACGCUGGUGCUGCCAGCAUGCCAGACCUCGAGGGUACGAUAAUGAGGGCAAGGUCGCUAAUGAAUUCUGCCAGCGAAGCGAACAAGCGAUUCGACGUGAAGGUAGAGGAGGACGAAAAAGCUACGACCAGCACCUCGACCGCGACGCACGGCGAUACGAACGGGCUGGAGGCUUCCCGAUCGAACAAGACACGUGCCUACGAUGAAGAGGACGACGAUGAUGAUGAUAUGGAGGAUGAGCACGAUAAUAAGGCGGCCAUCCAGCGGCGCAUUAAGGACGAGAAAAACACGCAGCAAAAGCAUCUCGUGAGCACGGAUUUGGAUAACAGUGCUGAAGUGACGACGGUGAAAAAGGAACCCGCCAACGAUACGACAGCUGAAGGCGCUGCUACUGCUGCUGCUGCGGCUUCGUCACAGGAUCUUACACAGGAGGAAAUGGAUCUUAUAGAAGUCCUCUGGAAGCAGGACGUCGAUCUUGGCUUCACGCUCGCCAAUGCAGCCCUGUCUUCCGCUUCGGAAGGAACCAGCUCAUCGACCGCGGAGGGAGCAUCUGCUACCAACAUCAAAUGCGAUACUGAGGAUGAUUUGGAAAAGCUGAAGGUUUUGCUGGAGAUAAAAAAUGAUAAGAACGCCGAUUAUGAAAAGCAUCGCGAAGCUGCGGAUGAGAGCAGCUUGGUCGAUCCUUGGGCAGGACUAUCUUACACAAUCGACACGGAAACAGGUGAAUACGUUUUGAACAGCUCGGACAUAGAUAACAGCCUGCCACCCCCGUUGGCCGAUUUAUUCCUGGAGGAAGGCUUAACGCUACCGGACCUCGGCGACACAGUGGUGGACACAAUCCCCGAAGUAAAGUCGGAUGACAGCGAAAACCUUGAACAUCAAAACCAGGACCACGAAGAGCAAGAAAUCGCCGAGGUGAAGCGCAUCGAGCGGGAGCUGCAGCAAGUUUCGGUGGAUGAGAUUUGUCUAGGUGGCGCUUCCGGUUCGACGGACGCUGAUCAGAGCAAUUGCGACGAUACCGGAGAGAACCGCGACGCCGCAGCGAACGAUUCCGUAGCGGACACGACGACGUCCGACGAAGGCCUCGAAACAGCACCGGUGACCGAUGAUCUAGAGGACCUCCUUUGCGACAUGAUGAUACAAACGUCGUCCCACUUUCAACAUACGCGCCAGAACACACAAGGCUACGGCCAUGGCGCCAUGAGCAGCUUCCGGCAAACAACGACUGGGGGAUCUGGCUACCAUCACCAUCACCACCAUCAUCACCAUCAUCAUCAGUCCCGUGUACCGUUGAGCCGAGCAGUUUCGAUGGAACAGCGCUGGCAGGAUUUGGCCAAUCUGCUUAGUUUUCCACCCGGAAUGGGCGUAGGAAUGGGUGUCGCCGAUAUGCCACCGUCCCAUCCGUCGCAUGCGCACUACCCUUCACACUAUCCAUCUUACCAGCCGAGCGGAGCAAUCGCAGGUCCCCAGCAUGGCCAAUACCACCAUCCGUCGCAUGCCGCGGUGUUGCAGAAUGCGUCGCUGGCCGAUAUUUCACCGGCUCAACCCCACUACGGUGCAAACCUGGGGUCGGCCGUCGCCACCAGCAUGCAUCUCACCAACUCGACGUCCGAGACGGAUGCUGGCACGUCCGGGUACAAAAUGGAUCCUGAAAUGAUGUACUACUCGAACACGUCGUCGGAAAUGAACCAUACCGAUGGCUUUUUGAAUUCCAUUCUGAACGACGAAGAUUUGCAGCUGAUGGAUAUCGCCGUUAACGAAGGUAUGUACACCAUGCGAAUGCUGGAACACAAUGGAACGGCCGGAAACAAUGGUUCGGGCGGAAUGCUGGGAAUGUCGACCGGUGGCCCGAAUCUGGUGAACCAUGGUGCACAUCCGCAUCAUCCGCAUCUUUCGCUUAUGUCGUCGGCCAGCGGCAGUGGAGCCGUUGGCGGUAAUCUACAGAAUGCCAUGAAUGUCAGUGCACUAGUCAACGGUUCGUCCUCGUCGUCCGCAUCGUCCGGCGCAUCGUCGGCGGGUGUGACGGGUAGUGGCGGUGCCGGUCCACUGGCCGGAUCCGGCACUCCCGGCGAUCGGCUGGAUGCGUCCAGUGACAGUGCCGUCAGCUCGAUGGGAUCCGAGCGCGUUCCGUCGCUGUCGGACGGCGAGUGGGGCGACGGUGGCAGUGACAGCGCGCAGGAAUACCACAAUGGCAAGUAUGGGGGACCAUACGAUUACAGCUACAACCAAACGAACGCAGGUGGUCCACCGAGCCGGAUGGGUGAGCACGGUGCCCGCCAGGCACCGCCCGUAGCGCAGAAGAAACAUCACAUGUUUGCGAAGCGCUACUUCCAGGAGCAAAACACGACCAGCGUACCUUCGAUUCAUCCGUCGCCGAAUGGCAGCGCGGCGGGCGCGAACGCGGGCCCAGCUGCGGGGCUGGAUGGCAGUGCGGCUGGUGGUGCUGGUGGUGGUGGAGGCGGUGGCGGUGGUGGAGCUGCUGCGGGAGGCGUUUUGUUGCCGACGGCGAUCAAGUACGAGUAUGACUACAUGAACGUGGUAGGACCGGCGGCUACGAUCGGUGGCCCGCUUGACGGGGCAGCCGCAAAGCAGGAGGAUCACCAAACGCAUCUGCAACAGCAGCACCAUCACAAUGGCAGCCAUCACGAGUCGAGCGCAGCGGCCGCUGCAGCAGCCGCCGCACUCACCGACAUGAAGUAUCCGUACGGGAUCGAUUUCCCACGCAGCCACCAUGCGUCUGCGAUGGGCGGCCGCACACUGCAGCCGCAGGACAUGAUACACCACAACCACACGUACACGCUGCCGUUUGCCACACCGAACGGGGGCAAUGCGCACCAGGGCCCGAAACCACAGACGCGGGACAAAUCGCGUUCGCUGCACGGCCGGAAGGCGGAAGAGGAACAUCUGACGCGCGAUGAGAAGCGUGCCCGGGCGCUGCAAAUCCCCAUCCCGGUGCACGACAUCAUCAAUCUGCCGAUGGACGAGUUUAACGAGCGGCUGUCCAAGUACGACCUGAGCGAAACGCAGCUUUCCCUCAUCCGGGACAUCCGAAGGAGGGGUAAGAACAAGGUGGCGGCCCAAAACUGUCGCAAGCGCAAGCUCGACCAGAUCGUGUCGCUCGCGGACGAGGUGAAGGACAUGAAGAUGCGCAAGGAGCGGCUGAUGCGCGACCGGGAGAUGGUGCUCUCGGAGCACAAGAAGAUACGGGACAAGUUUUCCGUGCUCUAUCGGCACGUGUUUCAGAACCUCCGUGAUGCCGAUGGAAAUCCUUACUCGCAGGAACAUUACAGCCUGCAGCAGAGUGCGGACGGAGCGGUGGUGCUUGUGCCGCGCAAUGCCGAAAGACCGACCGGCGGUGCGAAUCAUCUAAACAGCGGCUCGAAUGGCACCACCGCCAGUGGGGUGCAUCCAUCGUUGCACCAUUCGCUUGCUGGUGCCCAACACGGUCACCAUCAUCAUCACGGCCAUCAUCAUCAUCAUCAUAUUUCGCUGCAUCAGCAUCUGCAAAAUCACGGUCUUAUGGGAGGUUCGUCCUCGAUGGUCGGUGGUGGUGGUGGAGUGACGAACGGUGGAGCCGGUUCACACGCAAUGAACGGAACCGGCAGCAGCAACAGCAACAACAACAACACCGGGGUCAACGGUAACAGCAGUAACGGUAGCAAUGGUGGUGGUAGUGGCAACGGUAGCGUCCCCGGCAGCAGUAUGAACGGUACAGCGGCCUCGACCACGGCCGUAGUGCAUCAGCGCUCGGCGAAGGAGUAGUGUUUCCUUCGAUUCCAUUGGGCCGACUGCUUGCUUCUGCCGCCAUAAGGGAACGAAGAUGAAAAGGGCGGAAUGUGGAAAACGCAUGCGUCUUUUUCUCUCUACUGGGUCGUGGAUUUCCUGCCAAAAAGGAAAUCGUGGAGACAUAACUGUGUCCUGCCCGCAAAGUCCAUUUACGUGCCGAACGACGUUGGUGGCUUGCCGGUAGCACCCGCCAACAGCUUACAGCACGCAAUGUCGUAUGUCCAAACAACACACACACACACACAUACGCUGUGCAGGACGCGUGGGUUGGUUGGUUGGGUGUGUGGUUCUUCUGUUUUAAAAGGAAAAAGGGCGGCAUUUAAUCGUUAAGCGGUGUUGGAGCAGCUUGUUGACGCGUUGGUAACUAUUGUGGAAGCACACACGUUACUUGCGUUACCUUCUGCGCUUCCGUGUGAUCAUCUUUAUUAUCGCGCUGGAAAGGCGAACCAGAUCCCCUGGUGGGAUACUUUUCAAAUUUCUCUUCUGUGUCUGUCACGUGAAAAAAACAGACACACACACACGCGACAUUUAUGGGGUAUCUUGUAAAUACUUUUUUAGUACAGAUGGUGCUAACGAUAGUGUGCUAAAAAUGCUGCUCUACAUCGGUGGUCCCGAGCUAGGUCCACUAAGGUCCUUGUUGUCCUUGUUCCCAGGUUGUUUGCUGUGUAUGUUUUGCGAUAGCAAAGCUAAAGAACGCAACGAAAAGCCGGUGGAAACAGCUUCUCACCAUCCUCCCCCCCUCCCCCCUAUCAGCCUAUUUAUCGUCGCGUUACUAAUGUUAUUAACAGCUAUCGCUAUUUAUGCUUGCCAGCUUGUGUACAUACAUUCCUUUCCGCACUGGCGUUCCGCCGUCUUUUCCUUCUUCAAAGUUCGUGUCGUUUGAGUUCAUCUUUUAAGUGCUUACAACAAAUCAGUUUUGCGAACUUUUGAUGAGAAAUUGUACCGCGGUCUGAUGCGGAACGGUACGCAAUAUUGUUCACUUGUCUCGUAAAACUGGACUGGAGGACUGAGACUGAGUGAAAUUUAUGGAAUGAAUCGAUAAACGAUACGACGAACCUAAGCAUGAGUAGGCAAAGCAGUUGGAAGCAAUCGUAAAGGUGAACUAGUAAGAAACAGCAGUGGCUAUACAUUACAUUUACAUUUUUUUUUAUGCAAUACAUUUGCCUAACAAGCUCAAAUCAAGCAUACGUGUGUGUGUGAGUGAGUGCCCAUUGUUGUAAAGACUGUUCCUAUUUUUUUUGCAAGGAGUUGAAAAGCUUCCUCGACACCAUCCUAGCGAUGUCCUGGCAUUUUUACCCAUAUAGCUUCCAACGAGAUCACCUUACGGCACAUCAUCAGCUGGGUCUGUCUGUUUACGCGCUAGCAACAUUACACACUGACAUACACAGGACGCUCACUAUACAGAACAUCACACACUACAACACUCAGGCACGACAAUCUUAAAGUUGAGCCAGUCGUCGAUGGCUCCGUAACUUCCCGUGCUGUAUCUCCUUUUAUGGCUGCUCAUGAGUGUAAACUCAGUCUUAAAAUGGAGCUCUGAAGUUCUGGAGUUCUCCCAACCGAGCCCAUGUCCAACAUCGCAACCUCUUCUAUUCUCUCGCUGGAGACUGCAGCCUGUACAAGUACGACAAUAAAUCUGCCCUUCCAAAACCCGUACUUCAGUAUAAGCAGUCAGUCGAUCCAGCAUUGGGGUCUGUUGGCUUAUUUGGCUUAGGUAUCAGGACCAGUUUCAGCUUUCCUGACGUUAGAGGACCUUGGAAAACUUCAGGGUAGACCUGCAUGGCCUCCCCUCUUGCUUCACUCAGAACGUCGUGUGGACCAAGCGCCUUACCAGGCUUGACCAAUACACGGGCAGCUUUGGGUUACUCAUCGCCUGCUGGAAAGCUUGAUCGCGCUCCGGGUUUGAAGAGCCUUAAGCUCACUGACACUGAACAACUGCGGUACUCUGGUGUCAGACUCACAGGACACUCACUUAAUACGAAGUUGCUAUCGCGCGGACUGCAUAGGACCCCUUGGCGGCUCGUUCCCCGUUUCACUUCACCCCUUUCGUCUGUUGUCGUCUGUUGUCGUGUCGUCUGUACGAACUGCAAACUCUGAUACAGCUUACUAAUGAUCGGCACCUGGAGCACCGAGUGCGCAGAACGCGGGUUCCUUCAGUCCCUUCAGAGCGGGCGCUCCUGCACCAUCAAGCGCGGUUAUGACAUAUUGCCACUGAUGCCACUUUGCUGCGACUACUACCACCACCACCACCACUACUACUACUACUACUACUACUGCUGUUUAUUGAUGCUGUGGCUGAAUCGUACCGAACAGAUGUGAUGGAUAAAAGUCUUGUUUUUUUUAUAUUAUUAUUAUUAUUAUUACUAGUGUUAGCUUUAAAACAUUGUGUACAUAUAAAUAUACAUUAACACGUAGGGUGCAGUAAGUGAACAUAAAACUUAGCUUUCCAUACCUGUAGUAAGAUAAUUGGGCAUGCGAAUGGCAGAAUCAAGCCAAACUGUGCAAGGGUGAAACAAAGCAACAACAAAGCUAAGCUGGAAAACAAUAUGCAAUAUCGGAAGAAAUUGUAAAAAAUAAAACGACAAAAAAACACACACAGCAGAUGCAAAUAGUAGCUACAAAGGAGCAUAGUGCAUAUAAGUGGCGAUUUACAGAAAAUGGCAGAGGGGUUAUUACUUUAGCGUAGAGCAUUAAUGAGUAAGAGAAUGUAAGGAGUAGCGGUUGGUGUGGAGGGAGCGCAGUGCAGGGCAGCAUAUAUGUAUAUGUAUAAAAAGGGGAUAUCGCACGUAUCGCCGACGAUUGUGUGUCGGGGCGCAGGGCAGUGCUUUUGGUUCAGUUAAGCGCAGGAAGCGGUUUCACCUUAGGCGGCGUGGGAUUAGCACUAGUGGAGGAAUAGCAUUUUUGUUUUGUUUUGUAAACUAUUUAUUUCGUCGGCGAUCGGCCCAGCGAUCAUCAUCAGACAGCAGCAGGGUGCGCUUGUAUGUAUGUGCACAAUGUUUGUGUGAAGCAUGGUCUAGCUCAAUACAACGAGUGGAACGCGUUCAAAGUGUCCCCAGCCAACGUAAGCCUAGAAAUGUUUGGGAGUUCGGGGCAACUGCAGCUGAGCUCGGCUGGCUGGAUGGGAUGCCACCCCAGCAUUGUAGGAGCAGCGCGGGAGUUUUGUUUUGUUUUUUUGUAUCUUAUUGUUUCAUAUUAGGCUUUGGUUGUUCUUGUAAGCAUUGGAUUGUGGUAAAACAAACAAAACAUACAAACUAUCGAUAGUAAGUGCGAAGAAAUCAAAUUAUCCUUCUUUGUUGUGUACAUAAGCGCAAACUGAUAAUAAAACAAACACACAAAACUCAA